AUGGACCAAAAUGGAGCCAAUGCAGCACCAGAGAGGUACCCUGUGUUUGUAUCGAUGGGAAUGACCAUUCUCGACGAGUUGCGCUUCUCGCACCAACGUACGGCUUAUGACGUACCGGGUGGUUCUGGCCUUUUCGCUGUUCUUGGGGCCCGAUUGUUCAAGCCCAGCCCUCACGCCGCUGACGUGGGUUGCGUUCUUGCUGCCGGAUGUGAUUUGCCCGGGCCACUGUUGUCCUUGCUGAAGUCAUGGCAACUGACCCUUCUUGUGCUCACCGACCCCGAGAAGCCAUGUACCAGGGGUCUACUGGAAUAUCUAGACGAUGGCUUCGGUGGGACGAGAUUUUCUUAUACUACUUCGCCGCUACGCCCCGAGACCAUACAAUUGGAUGCUUCCAUCCUACUCUAUUCCAAGUCAUUUCACUUCUUGGCGCUCCCGCAUGAUCUAGAAAACCAAGUCAAAACCCUACUCCGGUUGAGAGCCGAACAUGGCAUAACGGAGCGGCCGAUGAUCGUCUGGGAGCCGGCACCUAUGGGCUGUGACUCUAUCAAUCUGGAGAGCCAUAUCAAAGCAUCCGCCCUCGUAGACGUGCUUUCCCCCAACCACAUAGAGUUGCAUCGUCUUUUCAACGGGAAAAGCGAGAAAGACAUCGAGUUUUCACAGUCUAGCGUCGAGAUGCAAGCUAGUCGCUUUGUCGAGGCAGGCAUAGGACCCGACCGACAGGGCGUUCUCGUGGUUCGCGCAGGGUACCACGGCGCUAUGGUUCUGUCAAGUGGCAAGCAGCCCGAGUGGCUACCUGCGUAUUACGGUAAAGACGUCGAGGAAGUAGUUGACGCUACUGGCGCGGGCAAUGCCUUUCUGGGAGCGUUCGCAGUUGCGUUCCAAGAAACGAAGGAUGCGAGGGAGGCCUGUCUGAGGGGCGCGGUCGCUGCUAGCUAUGCCAUUGAACAACAUGGUCCGCCUACGCUCACAGCGCCCACGUCGGAAUCCGGCGAGCUUUGGAAUGAAUCCGAUGUCCUAUCUCGCCUGGACGAGCUGAAGGCACGCAGCUCGACAGCAUGA